UUGACCUACAAUGAUGUGCAUGUGAACUUUACUCAAGAAGAAUGGGCUUUGCUGGAUACUUCCCAAAGGAAUCUUUAUAAAGAUGUGAUGCUGGAGACCUACAGGAACCUCACUGCUAUAGGCUACAGUUGGGAAGAUGAUAAUAUUGAAGAGCAUUGUCAAAGUUCUAGAAGAUAUACGAGACACAAAAGAACUCACACUGGAGAGAAACCUUAUGAAUGUAACCAAUGUGGUAAAGCCUUUGCACAGAACAGUCAUCUCUUACAACAUAAAAGAAUUCACACUGGAGAGAAACCUUAUGAAUGUAACCAAUGUGGUAAAGCCUUUGCAUGUAACAGUAAUCUCCUAAUACAUAAAAGAACUCACACUGGAGAGAAACCGUAUGAAUGUAACCAAUGUGGUAAAGCCUUUAAA